UGGUUGUCGAACUUUUCCUUUCUUUAUUAAACACGAAAGAACUACCAAAAGAAAGAUAACCUCAAUCAUUCUUCGGACCGACGUCUUCAUCAUAGCAGCUGUUUGGUCUGCAUUACUCCCACACAUUGAGACUGAACUGCAGCCUAUUUUUGUUCUUCUCGUGUUUUCAUAAAGCAGUUCUAACAUGGUUCAAAUAGUCAUCUCAAGUAAAAGCGGAGAGUCUCCUGGUGAGUGGCUGCUUGUGGAGUUACAGGGUGAGACAGUGUCACGACAUGACACUGGACUGGCUGGAAAUCUUAUGGGGGACCUGCACUACACCAAAGAGGGUGUACCAAUACUGAUUGUGGGACAUCACAUCCUGUAUGGGAAACAGGUCAAACUGGAGAAACCUUUUGCUGUCCUGAUGAAGCACUCUGGCCUCCCGCAGGAGGAUGAGGUAGCCAUGGAAACUGGCCAGGAGAAGCCUACCUCCUACACUGUCUCUGCUAUUAUCAAAAAGAAGCUGAUCUUUAAAACGCGUCCUAAACCUAUCAUUACUAAUGUGCCAAAGAAGGUUUAAUGGCCAAAACGUAUAUACUGAGGGCAUUCAUGGUGUCAGCUACCCUCAUUUUCUUAAGUACAACAGUUUCAGAAAAUGUGGUCUUAAAAUCUUUCCAAAUGAUACGCUUUGAAUACAAGACUGUUCUGUGAGGUUUGGAUAGAUGUUAAAUAUUGAAAUUGGACUGCUGGCAUUCUUUUGGGGCAAAUCCUGUUUGGAUAUGUGUGAUGUUUUGGACCAUCAGUGUAAAAAUAGACGUGACGCAGGUACGUUUUCUAGGACAAAGAAUGAUCAGAGUCAGAGAAAAAGUUUAUUUUCAUAAAAACAAUUUGCAGGUGUUAUAAAGGUCUGCAAAAAUAAACAGUAAAUGUUGCAAUAUUGAUAUAAAACUUAAAAAAAACAAAAUUUUUACAUAUUUAACAAGUUGCACAAUAAAUGUAAAUGAGUUUGAA